UCAAAGACAGACAGACACACCGACAGACACACAAGCUCUGAAAAGACAAGAGCGCUGAAGAGAGAGAGCGCCCUGCCUGAAAUUCCGCAGGAUUCAAGUUGGAUCCGGGAUAUUGUGCAAGAAUUCUCCCCAGAGGGAUCGGACUCGUGAUCGGUGCCAGCCGUGGGCGUGUCCAACCAGCCCCACCUCCCGGCUUGAAACCGUCAAGAUGAGUGUGGCUCACUAUAACCCGACUUUGAAAUGGAAGAAAGUGUCAAACGCAUCGGGUCCAUCGCCAAGACCCCGUCACGGACAUCGGGCCGUAGCCAUCAAGGAUCUGAUGGUCGUAUUCGGCGGAGGCAACGAAGGCAUUGUGGAUGAACUACACGUUUACAACACGGCCACCAAUCAAUGGUUUGUGCCCCCAGUAAAAGGAGAUGUUCCACCAGGAUGUGCCGCUUAUGGCUUUGUGGUGGACGGAACACGCAUCCUCAUUUUUGGAGGCAUGGUUGAGUACGGAAAAUAUUCGAAUGAGCUCUACGAACUUCAGGCUAGCCGUUGGGAAUGGAAGAGAUUGAAACCAAAGCCUCCAAAGGCUGGACCACCGCCCUGUCCUCGUUUGGGACACAGUUUCACUUUAAUUGGCAACAAAGUCUUUCUCUUCGGAGGCUUGGCCAACGACAGUGAGGAUCCUAAAAAUAACAUCCCGCGCUAUCUCAAUGACCUAUACACAUUGGAAUUGCGUCCAAAUUCGACGAUCAUGCAAUGGGAUAUUCCAUCAUGUUAUGGAACUUGUCCACCUCCACGAGAAUCUCAUUCAGCCUGCGCAAUGACUGACAAAGAUGGCUCCAAUCCCCGUCUCAUUAUCUUUGGUGGGAUGAGUGGUUGUCGUCUGGGCGAUCUGUGGGUGCUUCACAUCGAUAGCAUGACAUGGAGCAAGCCUAUUUUAUCGGGACCGCCUCCAUUGCCUCGAUCCUUGCACAGUGCCACGGUGGUCGGUCAGCGAAUGUACAUUUUCGGUGGAUGGGUCCCCUUGGUCAUGGACGAUGUGGCCAGCCAUGAGAAGGAAUGGAAAUGCACCAACAAUCUAUCGUGUCUUAACAUGGAGACCAUGAUGUGGGAAACGCCUUCAAUGGAGGUUUUUGAAGAUGCCAUUCCCCGAGCUCGAGCUGGCCAUUGCUCCGUGGCCAUUCACAAUCGCCUUUGGAUCUGGUCGGGUCGAGAUGGUUACCGAAAGGCUUGGAACAAUCAAGUGUGUUGCAAAGAUUUGUGGUAUCUUGAAACCCAGACCCCACCCGCCCCUGGUCGUGUGCAACUGGUUCGGGCGAGCACACACUACUUGGAAGUGUGUUGGGGCAAUGUGCCCUCGGCUGAUGCUUACGUUCUCCAGAUCCAAAAGUACGACAUGCCACCCAGUACGACGGUUCCGGCACCUACGACGCCCACCAUGACCCCUCAAAUGGUUCCUCCACUCCCCACCCAACCCAUUCAAUUGCCCACACAACCAGCCACGAUGUCGCCAGCCAAGAUCACACAACCCGUGGUGCGUAUGGGCUCGCCGGGUGUGCCUCCUGGAAUUCGCCCUGGAGGUAACAUUGUUCGUGUGCGGGCACCUGUUGGUGCAGUCACCACAGCUGGCGGUCAAAUCAAGGUCCUUGGAACAGGCGGACAAGCUCAGGUGAUGAAGUCCUCCCAUGCUCCUAUUUCGAUUUCCCACGCCGGAGCCACACCCACAACGGCUGCUGGAAAUAUGUCCGGUAUAGCCGCCUUGGCUGCUGCGGCUGCUGCCACCUCCAAGAUCACAACGAGCUUGAGUGGCGCAUCCACCAUCACCACGGCCUCGGGUCAAGCCAUCAAGUUGAUUCAACAGGGUGGUAACUUGGUCACCGCCCAAGGGAUGAAGAUGACUCCCGUUCAAGGCCAACAAACCGCUCUGAUCGGAGGCCAAACUGUGCGAUUGGCAUCCUCUCCAGGUGGAACCCUCCUCAAGACCGGAACAACACUCACAUCUCAAGGUGGCAAACAAAUCAUCCUUCAGAAGCAAGGAGGCGGCGGAGGUCAACCCCAAAUUGUCACUCUGGUAAAGACGUCCCAAGGAAUGCAAGUGGCCACUGUCCCCAAGUCCAGUAUUGUUCAAGGCAAGCCUGGCGCGCCUCAGAUCAUUCAGACCCAAGCGGGUAAGAGCAUCCCACCGGGGGCAACCAUCGUCAAGUUGGUCAAUGCCCAAGGUGGAGUGGGUCAAACCGCAAAACUCGUCUCAAACAUGAAAACCUUGGGCUCAAACGUCAUGACCAUGACCAAACCGGGGACCGUUCAAAUGGCGGGAGGCAAGCAAGCGAUCGUUAUUAACAAACCCGGAGGAUUGGGCACCACACUGAAGAAUGCCCAAGGGCAACAGAUUAUUGUGGUGACCACGGGCGGAGGUCUGAAGACCAUGCAGGCCAUGACCACCUCGCAAGCGGGCGGAGUUAUGGGAACUACAGCCUCAAUUCCGUCCAGUUUGUAUCAGAGCACCAUUGGUGGGGGCACCCAAGGGGUCAAGAUGAUCGUAGUGAGCUCUGGACAAUUGGCUCAGACCACGAAUAAGCCAUUCACCAUCACAGUACCUGGUCAAGGGGGAAGCAAGGCCAUGACCCUCACUAGUGCAGGGUUGAAGUCCUCGACCACUACGACUACCCAAUUAAUGACCUCAAGUUCCGGACAAAUCCUAGCAGUGCCGGCCCAAAACAUUAUCUCCACCGGUGCAUCGGGCACUCAGUCGAUUAACAUUGGCGGCAAACAGAUGAAUGUUCAAGUGACGUCCGGAACAUCUGGUGGACCUAAAACCUACACCCUGGUUCAAUCGGCUAGCGGUCAACAGAUCCUCACUCCUUCAAGCGGUGAUAGCUCGAAUCAGACCAAAAUGGUUGUGGUCCAAGCGGGCGGGCAACACGUUCUGACCACCACUCCACAAAAAACCUCCGACAUUGUACCUGCGAUGAAGAGCACUCCAACCACAUCGGAUGGCAUGACCUUGCAAAUGGCCGAUGGAACCGUCCUGGAUUCAAGUGCAGUACAAAUUGCGGAUGGAUCCGACCUCAGAAAUGCCCAAGUCGAUGGGGGCUGUAUUACACCACCAAGUGGAAGAUCGAGUCCAAGCGAUGAUGGUAUGUUUCUCUCACAAUUGGAUGGCGAGCCCGGAGAUGAGGACGAAAAGAAUUCGUCAUCCACCGAGGUAGAGAAAAAGCCAGAAGCCGAAGUAACUCCUCCGGAAACGACACCAACCACAGAAUCAUCAGAGCCUUCCCAAACUGUUGCUCUGACGGCAACCACAGUCGCUUCGGAAAUUACUACUACCACUACUACAAUCGAAACGGCUCCCACAACGACCGUGAUCACGCCCUCAACAGAGACUUCAACUUUAGCUACAACUCAAACCACUCCCUCAACCGAAACCACUCCCACAACAGAAGCCACCACAGCAGCGGUGACAGCUGUUCCGCCCACCUCCGAGACAUCUGGAGCACAAGAGUCGACACCCGCAAGCAAAAGCCAAGGAGAGACCCAGGAAUCCACUCCUCUGGAGGCCAUCGACAUCGAAUCCUCCUUGAAAUUGGAACCCCCGAGCCAAGAGGCUGAGCCAGAACCAACCAAGAGUCUGGACACUUCCUCAACGUCAGCAGAGAAAGUAACCCCCCCUGAAGCCUCUUCAAUUGCGGAACAACACGACCCCGGCCAAUUCGACAAUAUUUCGAUCAAUGAAGUGAAACAAGAACUCGUUGGCAGCGAUAAGGUGGGUGGUGACGAUCCACUUCAAGACAAGAAACCCAUCAACGGCUCGUUGCCAAUUACUUCUUCACCCCCUGCCAAUGGCUCUUCAUCUUCGUCUUCCAACGCCACUUCCGCCGAUAUUGAUGGGGCCAAUGCCUUGGCCGCUUUGGCCUCCGCAGCCGUGGCCGACAGUCCCAAAGUGAGCGCCGGUUCCCCGGUAGUUUCCACGCCGCCCAAGCCUUCAAUGGGAGUGGCAGCGGCAUCUGCCGCCGAUAUCGUCGCCCGCCUUCAAACCCCCGUGAAUACUGGCAAUAAUCUCAAAGGUAAACUCACCCCCACGGUUGGACCGCCCUCGGGUGUUUUGGACCCGGAGAAGAAGAAGGAUUCAAGUUGGUUUGACGUGGGGAUUAUCAAAGGCACCUCAUGUACCGUGAACUCGUUCUACUUGCCCUCGGGUGACGGCGAACGGAAUGAGAUCGAUGUCGAAGGGGACGAAUAUAUGCUGAAGAAACUGGAACUUCAGCCCGGAACAGCCUACAAGUUCCGCGUAGCCGGCAUCAACUCCUGCGGACGCGGUCCUUGGUCCGAAGUGUCGGCCUUUAAGACUUGUUUACCGGGUUUUCCCGGCGCGCCCUCGGCCAUCAAGAUUUCGAAAUCCCCAGAAGGAGCACAUUUGUCUUGGGAACCGCCCUCAACCUCAACUGGAGAUAUCAUUGAAUAUUCGGUGUAUUUGGCAGUCAAAAGUGCUACAACGAACAAUCAAGGUGACUCUAAGACCGUGUCCAGUUCGCCCAGUCAGCUGGCUUUCGUGCGAGUGUUCUGCGGUCCCAACGCCCAAUGUGUGGUGCCCAAUGCCAGCCUCGUGGCUGCUCACAUCGAUACAAGCACCAAACCCGCCAUAAUUUUUAGAAUUGCCGCCAGAAAUGACAAAGGCUACGGUCCCGCUACACAAGUCAGGUGGCUUCAAGAUGCGGCAAGUACAGCCAAUGCGGGUCGAGGUGUAGCCGUGAAACGCUCAGCGGACGGCAAAACCCAAUACGUGACGAAGAUUGCUAAACAAUAAUUCCUCGAGAUAGCGGCCUUGAUAUCGGCCGGACAAUUUAUUUAGAGAUUGUAAAUAGCAGGUACAAAACCAAAACACCACCGCCCUCCUCUCCCGAUGAAAACAUCCAGCAAGUUGUCGAUCAUCUCAAUUGGAAAUUUUGUGAAACAACCGUGCUUGUACAAAGAAGGUAUCGGCGCAAAACUGAUCCUCUCUCCAUUUUCUUCUUCCAAAAGAGCCACAACACACAAACGCGUAACUAAACAGAGGAAAACAAAGCCCACGUUGGGCUUGUUCUAUUGCUUUAUCAAGGCGCCAUUUUGCAUCCACUUUCUAAGAGUGGACUUGCUAAGAGAUAUUAUAUUCGAUUUCCAAUCAAAAGUUCCCAAAUUUCAUUUCUUUCUCUUUCCGUUUACGUCUCUUCUAUCUGUCUGUAUUCUGCAUCACGAUCCAAAUAUCUUAAUGUAGCUUCUGUUGUAAAGAUAAAAAAGUAAGGGCAGAGUGUACUAUUAGAUGGAGAAAUAAAGAAAAAACUCAUUCAGGUA